CCCAUGACUCCCUAAGACUACGAGCAGUUCCGUGCCUGGCAGCAGGCUCAGCAGCAGCAGCAGCAGGCCCCGGCCUCGCAGCCGCAGCCCGCCGCGCCGGCGACUCCAGCUCCCGCGCCCGCUGCCGUUGCCCAGCCUCAACAACUCGCGACUCCGGUCGCCCAACCUUUCGCGGCUCCGGCUGCCCACUCUUUUCCGGCUCCCGGCGCCCAGCCCACGUAUCCCCAGUACGGCUUCGCUAGCUUCCCCGGCUACGCCCCUCCUGGUUACCCCGUCCCGGCCCAGGACCCUUACGACCCGAAGGGAUGGAAAGGUGUGACAUUCGAUUCGAUGAUCAACCUAUACAAGAGGGGCAUCAAUUCCUUUGACGGCCAAUCGCAGCAUGCGCACCUUAUGCGUACAGUAUGUGACGCGGACAUAGCCAACCUCCCGUUGUAUGCGGUAGCCGUCAGACGCGGCGAUCUGGCCUCCCCGGGGACAAGUGAUGAGGAAGAACUUAACAAGAUCAUGGUGAAGGAGACCGUUUACGUCAACGUUUAUAUCGCUCUGCGCAGGUGUUCUACCCAACCCAAUCACACGGGUCCGCUCCGAUUUACCAAGGUACGGUUCGGGUUUGGGCUACUUGAGAUUAUUCCUGCUUUUUGUGUAGAAGCGCCAUAGCGGCAGGCUCAUUGUUUGUAGCAAUGCAUGAAGCUAUCACAAGAUAGCCCAAAGGCUCAUACACCGCAUCUGCGGGCCUUCACUAACCAGACAAGCUUCUCAUCGUCAAUUUUCGGGAAUUGCCCAAGUCUUUCAAACACCCCUUCCAGCAACCCCCGGUUGGGACGCAGGUAUAGAAUGCGCAUGGGAAUGGGAAUGAGAAUAAAGCGCCAAAGAGAAAGGCCGUCUAUCAGAGACAGUACCAGAGCCAAUACAAGCUCUUUUGUGAACUGCCUUUACCUUUGAUCGAUGGAUGGAUGGAUUCGUCUUUGCCGGCAGGGAUUCGGAGCAAAUGUACGAAAAGAUGAAGGACCCACAGCUCAAGGUUGAACAUGCCGAGAAAAAAGAUCCUUCUGACCACCU